GCAGUGAUUUGGUAGCCGCUGCAGUAGGAGGAAGGACCGCGGUUCUACCCCUUCUAUCUUUCAGUUUCGCGUCGAGAUUUUAUCGGUGGUUCCUUCUGGUAGCGAUCAGUAAAUUGAGUGUACAGUAACGGUGUUCUAUGAAAACUAAGUUGUAGUAUUACCAACGGACAGUGACAUCAAUCGCCAUUUUAAUUGCACGUUUUCCCUGACAGAACCGCUAGCACAACAAUGGCUCUGAAAAGAAUUCACAAGGAGUUGAACGACUUGGCACGGGACCCACCAGCCCAGUGUUCUGCAGGACCAGUAGGAGAUGACAUGUUUCACUGGCAAGCCACAAUAAUGGGACCUAAUGACAGUCCUUACCAGAGCGGGGUUUUCUUCUUGACCAUACACUUCCCCACAGACUACCCCUUCAAACCGCCAAAGGUCGCAUUUACCACAAGAAUCUACCACCCAAAUAUCAACAGCAACGGCAGCAUUUGUCUUGACAUUCUGCGAUCACAGUGGUCUCCAGCUCUCACCAUCUCCAAAGUCCUCCUGUCCAUCUGCUCUCUGCUGUGCGACCCAAACCCGGAUGACCCCUUAGUACCCGAGAUCGCCCGCAUCUACAAGACGGACAGGGAAAAGUACAACAAAAUAGCUCGGGAAUGGACACAAAAGUAUGCAAUGUAGUGUUGGGGGUAAAAUCAUGGCCAACCACCUCUACGAUGUAAAAUUAGGGGAGCUUCAGACGUAAAGAGAAAACAAACAAAAAACCAUUCAAACAAAUGAAAAGUUUAAAACAAGAUCUUGUUGGUUUCCAUUGGAGUGCUUUCUUUGAGCCACGCCUCCCCUUCACCAGAGUACCUGUAAAACUCCCUCUGCCCCAUCUCCUUACGUUUUCUCUCUCUUCUUCCUCUCUCUAUUUGACUCUGCCCCUCCCCCUGUCCUCACCUCACCUGCCCACCCUCCAGUGUACAUAUCUUCAAAUUGCAAUGGUAACACCCAUCUCUCCUUACUCCUUUUUCACCUCCUCCCUCCCUUGUGACCUCUGAGCCCUGCAUCUCCUGACUUCUGUAUUCCAUUACAUUUUGUCACGAUGCAGGUUGGGCUGUUGCGACCGCCCCAACUACCCCUUUCUCCUACACACAGCUGCAGCCUCAUGCACCUUCCCCAGACGUUAAUAACUAAAAGCAUUCCUUUGAGCAUCUGUAAACUUUGAGGGGACCUAUUUGUUUGUUUUUUUUCCCCUCUCUUUAUUUCCCUACUUGUUUCGGGGGAUGGGGAGAUGGAGGGAUUUUUUUUACACUCUGCACCCCUUGUUUUGUUGUCCUUGUAUUUCCCAUCUGUAGAAGUGACAAUUCAUGAAAGCAGUUUUCACGCGAGUAGAAGGGCACUCUGUAUUUUAUACAAUAAAUACGUUAAAGAAAUCAUUGCAGGCUGUGUAAAAGAAAAAAAUGCACAUGGCCUAUUUUGGUCUUUUGUUGGAUUCUGUGAAAGGACUUGAAUUUAUUCCCCCCACCCCACCUUACCCAAGAUGACCCCUUUGUACACACACACAGACACACAUGCACGCACAAAUGUCACCCCCACCUCUACCACCAACUUUUCUUUAUUCACAAAGUGGAGGUUCUGGACCAGGUAUAUUUAAGCAAUUUAUUUUUCUUAGUUUAACCUGUGUUUUUAUCCCCCCUCCCCCUAACUCUUUAGGUUGCUUUUAUUUCUUUUUGUGUUUUUUUUUUUGUUCUUUUUUUUUUUUUUUUGCUAUUGUUAAAUUAGAGGCUAACAUCUUAAAUGGCUAUGGGACUGGCUUGGGCUCUGGGUGCGAGGAGAACCCACUCUUCUUGCACAAAACCUCUGUAUAUUGAAUUACCUGAGAGGCUCGUUGAGCUUUGUGUGUUGAUUAAACUGUGUAAUAAAAACCCAUGACUCCUG